AUCCUCCGCACCGCUCAACUCCUCCUCUCAACCAUCACCGCCAUCCUCUACGGCAUUGAUCUCGCCCACGCAUCCAACUCCAACACCCACGCGGAAGCAAGUUGGAUCUACGCUGAAUUUGUCGCUGUGGUGUCCGCCCUCACCUGCAUCGUGCAUCUUUUUCUUCCGGGUGGUCACCCUGCCUGGGCAACGUUCGAUGGAGCUAUACUGGUGCUGUGGGUGGCUCUGGUGGGGGCGUUUGGAUCGUUGUAUCUUCCUGUUCGUGCUGGGGUGGAGGAUGUGGAUUUUACGUCGUCGGUUACGAGGAUGAAGGUUGCGGUUUGGGUGGAUAUUAUUGGGAUGGUGUUGUGG